CGCGCUCGCGCCGCGCCUCGAGGGAGGCUUGGGGCUGCCGCGCCCCCGCCCUCGGCCGGGAGCCCCUGAUUGGGUCCUCCCCAGUCUGCCGGCUCCAGCCCGCACCCUCCCCGGAAGGUAGCGGAGUCCAGCGCCUGCCUGCUUAGUUCUCGCCAGAUAUUUAAAGCCGGCAAGUUUUGUUCUUGAGACCACCGACCUGAGCUCCCAUACCAGGCAGUGAGCCGACCUCCGAUUUGAGGGUUUAAGGAGCUGUGCUAGAACUUGGUCCAGAUUCCAGACUGCACCGGAACAUUUGCUUACUCCGUUAGGUGGUCUACACUGGACACAUCUCUGAAGCUUUCUCUGCAUCCUGUGUGUGGCCUACUGCACAGUAUGUUGUAAACUAAUACUCGUUGAGUUAAUUAAAUGUAGGCAUUACCUACUUUCAGGGCUGCUCAGCAUAAUGCCUGGAAUAGAUAGGUCCCGGUUCACUUCCACAAAAAGAAGUACAUGGAAUGACCACAUGAGGCCAGUCACCUAACUUAAUAAUGUGAAAAAAUGUGGAAAAAUGUUGAUGUGCCAGUGUUCGCAUUCUACAGUGUGUUCCAUUCUUUUACAAUCUCAGAAAAAAUGGCAUUGAAAGAAAGUAUUUUGUGAAACAAGAAGUUCCUGCUUUCUUAAUGACGAACAUGUAUUAAGAUGGACAUCUGCUCUACAAGAUACAGAGUUCUCUGGUCUCGAAGAAGCAAGCACCCAUUUAGAACCAUUCCUUAAUAAAAACAGACCUGAAUGGAUGUCAGAAUGUUUGUUAGUGGCAGAAGAGUAAAAAAAAGGCAGUUUGUUCAGUUAUUUGCCACUUGUUUUAUACUAAGCCUCAUGGUUUUUUGGGGACCAAUUGAUAAUCAUAUUGUGAGCCAUAUGAAGUCCUAUUCCUACAGAUACCUCAUCAAUAGCUAUGACUUUGUGAGUGAUAACCUGUCUCUUAAACACAGCACAGACGGGACUACUCACUACCAGUACUUGAUUAACCAUAAGGAGAAGUGUCAAGCACAAGACAUCCUCCUUUUACUGUUUGUAAAGACUGCUCCUGAAAACUGUGAUCGACGUUCUGCAAUUAGAAAAACAUGGGGCAACGAGAAGUACGUUCGGUCUCAACUUAAUGCCAACAUCAAAACUCUGUUUGUUUUAGGAACACCUUCUAACCCACUGACAAGAAAAGCAUUGCAAAGAAAACUGGUUUGGGAAGAUCAAAUGUACAAUGAUAUAAUUCAGCAAGACUUUGCCGAUUCUUUCUAUAACCUUACUCUUAAAUUACUUCUGCAGUUCAGUUGGGCAAAUAGCUUUUGUCCACAUGCCAAAUUCCUUAUGACUGCUGAUGAUGACAUUUUUAUUCAUAUGCCAAAUCUUAUUGAAUACCUUCAAAGUUUAGAAAAAAUUGGUGUUCAGGACUUUUGGAUUGGUCGGGUUCACCGUGGUGCUCCUCCCGUUAGAGACAAACGCAGCAAGUACUAUGUCCCCUAUGAAAUGUACCCGUGGCCGGCUUACCCUGACUAUACUGCUGGAGCCGCUUACGUGAUCUCUGGUGACGUAGCCGCCAAAGUCCAUGAGGCAUCACAGACACUUAAGUCUAGUCUUUACAUAGAUGAUGUGUUCAUGGGCAUCUGUGCCAAUAAAAUGGGGAUCAUACCACAAUACCAUGUGUUUUUCUCUGGAGAAGGGAAAACUCCUUAUCAUCCCUGCAUCUACGAUAAAAUGAUGACAUCUCAUGGACACGUACAAGACCUGCAGGACCUUUGGAGGGAAGCCACAGACCCUAGAGUAAAAAUGAUUUCGAAAGGUUUUUUUGGUCAAAUAUAUUGCAGGAUAAUUAAGAUAAUUCUCCUUUGCAAACUGACCUAUGUGGACACGUAUCCUUGCAGGGCUGCCUUUGUCUAACAGUACUUGAAUGUUGUGUGUUUUCACUGUCACUGAGCCAAACCUGGAUGAAAAACCUUUAGAUAUUUGUUGAUACCUUAGGUGAAAUGAAUAUGAAAAAAACAAAGAAAUAUCUUGAAAACUCA